UAGUACGACCGUGGCUUUGCGUGAAUGACGUUCGAUCGUUCUCCUCGUGUUUAUUUAACGUGUCCUCAAUGAAAUAAUAAAAGAGAUAUGAGUUUAUUAAUCUUCAUAUGACAUAUAAGUUUUGAAAUGUUUCGUGUUUGAUCGAGUAACGAGCCUUUUUUUUUGCUGUGUUAUUUUAAAUACCACUCUAUAUUAUAUCUACAUAGAUUACUAGCACCUGUAAUUUACAGAUAUUAAUAUGGGAGUAACAACGACGUUAGGAUGGCUCGAUUAUACAGUUAUAUUUAUCAUGCUUUCCAUAAGUAUCGGUAUAGGUAUUUAUUAUAGAUUUAGUGGAGGCCGACAAAAAACAAUUGAGGAGUACUUUAUUGCAAGCCGAUCAAUGAACGUUAUUCCCGUUGCAGUCGCACUCAUGGUCUCAUUCAUGUCGGCUAUUACUUUGCUAGGUUUAUCGUCUGAAAAUUAUUAUUAUGGUACACAAUUCGUAGUUAUAAAUUUAUCAUACGUUAUAGGUACGCCUAUUGUUUGUUAUGGAUUUUUACCAGUAUUCUUUAAGCUUCAAGCAACAAGCGCAUAUGAGUAUUUGGAAAAGCGUUUUGGCGUUAAAACUAGAAUGAUGGCUAGUUUUGUUUACUGGGUACAGUUGCUUUUAUAUUCUGGAAUUGUACUUUAUGCACCUUCAUUAGCUUUGGAGGCAACUACAGGAAUUUCUAAAUCCGGAAGUAUCAUAAUAAUUGGAUUGGCUUGCAGUUUUUAUUCCAGUAUAGGAGGCAUUAAGGCUGUCUUAAUAACAGAUGUAUUCCAGAGUAUGCUUAUGUUCGCUUCUGUUAUCAUUAUUAUUAUUAUAGCCUCGUAUGAGAUAGGAGGUAUAGAGAAAAUUUGGGAAAUUGCCAAGAUGGGACAACGGAUAGAAUUUGACAACAUUUCUAUAUAUCCAACGGAACGACAUACUUGGUGGUCGCUUAUUUUUGGUGGUUUGGCUACCUUUUUGUCUUUGUACGGAGUAAAUCAAGUUCAAGUGCAACGUUUGCUAACUGUUAAGAGUUUAAAAGAAGCGCAACUAGCGCUAUGGUUAUCUUUGCCCAUUUUAAUGUUGCUCUCUGUGGCAACGUGCUUCUCCGGAUUAUCGAUCUAUAGUAAAUAUUAUGACUGCGAUCCUUUAACCGAUGGAAGAAUCUCUUCUAUGGACAUGUUAAUGCCAUUGUAUGUAAUGGAUACUAUGCAUUAUUUUCCCGGAUUACCGGGUCUCUUCAUAGCAGGCAUUUUCAGUGCUGGUCUCAGUACAAUAUCUGCGGCUUUAAAUUCUUUGGCAGCUGUUACAUUAGAGGAUUACGUCAAACCCGUAUACAGUCGUUGUACACAUAAAGAAUUAAGCCCAACAAGUUCAGCCAAUAUUGGAAAAAUGAUAGCGCUCGCCUAUGGACUAAUCUCUAUCGCUUUGGCUUUUCUCGCUGAACUUUUAGGUGGCGUUUUACAAGCAGGAUUGACAAUAUUUGGCGUCGUUGGUGGUCCACUUUUGGGAGUUUUUACAUUGGGAAUGACUAGCGAAUCCGCAAUAGAAUCAGGAGCUAUAUCGGGAAUGAUACUAUCACUUGCUUUUCUCUUGUGGAUCGCUUAUGGACAACCUAGACCCGUUCCUCCUAAAUUAAUACUAUCUAAGCAUGGCUGUGAUGUAGAUACAAUAAAAAAUAUAACAAAAAAUUUGUACAUUUGUUUCAGAAAAAUCGAUGAUACGUCCUAUUUUUAUUUAUAUCGUAUAUCAUAUAUGUGGUAUGCACCACUCGGGUUCCUAAUUACUGUUAUCGUUGGACUGUUAGUCAGUAAUAUAGUUCGGUGCACGUUUAAACGAACUCAAAAAGAGUUAGAUCCUAAUUUGUUUUUUCCAAUAAUCGGCAAACGAUUACGCAAAGAGCAAUCAUCUCAUUUCGAAUGCAGCCAAUUUGUAAAUUUGCAUAAUAAGGUACAAGAAAAAUAUACGUUUAACCGCUUGAUAUCGAAUGAAUUCCUUCGGCAGGGAUUCGAAAAAAUGCGGCCACGUCUGUUCGUGCUCUUCCUCUUUCUGUCGGCUUCGUCGGCGGAACAACGGCGAACCGAUGCAACCACGGACGAUUGCCAGAACGAUCGGCCGUUCUUACUUCAUUAUUUUUCCUGGGCCGAUUACGCGGUUCUCGGUACGAUGCUACUCGUUUCCUGCAUGAUUGGCACCUUCUACGGUUUCUUCGCGAAGAAGCAAGAAACCAGCGAGGAUUUUCUACUCGGUGGCUCCUCCAUGGGCACUUUUCCCAUGGCCAUGUCCUUGGCCGCGAGUUUUAUCACGGCAAUCGAACUCCUUGGGAAUCCUGCGGAGAUGUACGCCCAGGGCACUCAAUUUUGGAUGACAUGCCUGGCAUUUAUUUUUGUGGUACCGAUCACUUCUUACCUCUAUCUGCCAGUUUAUAUGAAGCUCAGAUUGACCUCGAGUUACGAGUACUUGAAUUUACGCUUCGAUCGACAUUGCAGAUUACUCGCAAGCGGAUUGUACAUGCUUCAAAUGAUUUUUUAUACGUCAGUUGCCGUUUACGCGCCGGCAUUAGCUUUAAGUCAUGUCACAGGCCUUAAUACUUACAUAGCCGUCACUCUAGUCUACUUAGUCUGCAUAUUUUACGCCUCACAGGGUGGCAUGAAAGCUGUCAUAAUGGCCGACACGUUUCAAGCAGCUGUUCUCCUAGGAUCUCUCUUCCUCAUUGUCGGUUUAGGUUUAUCCUGGGCAGGUGGGAGUUCGCUCGUCUGGGAAGACAAUCGUAAAAGCGGAAGAAUGGAGAUCUUCAAUAUGGAUCCGAGUCCAACGGUACGACACAGCUUUUGGAGCGUCGUCGUUGGUGGUACUUUCUAUUGGACCACCAUGUAUUGCAGUAAUCAGGCUUCCGUCCAAAAGUAUCUCAGCGUAGCGAACAUCUCCCAAGCCAGAACGGCUUUAUGGGUAUCCAGUUUCGGAAUGAUCGUAAUAUAUACGAUCAAUUUCUUAACGGGCAUGGUACUUUAUAGCGUUUAUAAAGACUGCGAUCCGCUUUCGGCCGGCUACAUAACCGGCUCCGACCAAAUACUGCCCCUAUAUGUGAUGAAUCACUUGGGUAGCCUUCGCGGCAUGCCCGGUCUCUUCGUCGCCGGUAUCUUUGCGGCUUCUUUGGGAACGGUCGCAAGUGCUUUAAACUCCUUGGCCGCAAUCACGUGCGAGGAUGUUCUUCAAGGACUUUUCAAAAUGGAUUUACCGGCACGGAAGGGAGCAACUUAUGCCAGAUGGAUCAGUAUAUUCUUUGGCGUCUUCGGUUUCGCUCUCAUCUUCGUUGUGGAACGUCUUGGUAGCGUUCUUCAGGUGGCUCUAUCUUUCAAUGGUAUGGUGGGUGGAGUUACCCUGGGAUUAUUCUCUUUGGGGAUGUUCGUACCGUGGGCUAAUGCUAAAGGAGCCAUAUCAGGUGCCAUCGUCGGUCUGACAAUAGUUCUAUGGAUCGGAUUAGGAGCUCAAGUUGCAAUAAUCAAUGGGCAGAUACAUUUGGGGAGUAAGCUUGUCUCGAUUGAGAGAUGUACCUGUUUAAACGGUACGAUAUCGGCGACGAUGAAGUCGACCGAUAUACCCGAGGAGAGCGAGAUAUCGUCCGUAUACAGGACGAGCUAUCUCUGGUAUAGCGCUAUCGGUUGCGUUCUGACGAUGGCAGUUGGUCUCAUAGUCAGUCUAUUUACCGGUCUACAAAAUCCGGCCGAACUCGAUCAAGAUCUUCUCAGUCCACCGAUCGCAGCCAUAUUUCGCUUGCGAACGAAAACACGAAGAUCGAACAGGAACGUUCAAGGUGUUGCGAACUUUGGCCUGGAACUCGACGAUGAGAAAGCGGACACUCGUAAGGGUCCAAAGUGAUCGGCUCCGUCUUAUUUCGAACGUUAACGCGAAGAUCACGGUCUUACGCGUACCGGUAAUAUUCGUAUAGAUUUUUUUGAUCGCGAGACGAGUCGCUCGUCGGGUCAUUGCUCGGUUACAGGGAUAACGUGUGGCUUGUUCGAACAUUUAUUAACAAAAGAGAGAGAGAGAGAGAGAGAGAGAGAGAGAGAGAGAGAGAGAGAGAGAGAAGAAAAAAGCAAGACUUUAGGAAUCUAGUGAUUUAUAAUCCGUUAUUGAGAAAGAUCUAACGAACUCUUGCGAUAACGUUAAGUGUAUCAUCUAACGAGUAGACUAUAUGUUAAGACGAAACGGUUGUACGAAUAGAUUUAAGUCGAUCGUUUCUUCGAUUUGACAGCCACGCUAAUAUUAUUUUUCGCUGACUAAUUUCAUCGUCGUUUUGCUAUUAUUAUUAUUAUUAUUAUUACUAUUAAUCUAUCAUUCUGCUGAUAUUGUUAUUCUCAUCGAUAUUAUUUAAAAUGAUCGGCAGGAUCGCGUAUUCUCUGGUAUAAACUCAGGUCGACGGGUAAAAAAUCUCUUCGGUAGAAUUUCUUCGUACUUUCCUUUUUAUUGAAAUUUUAAAAAGAAUAUGUAUUAUUCUUAUGCGCAAGAUCCUUAACCCUAUCCUCUAACUUCCUCGGACAACUGAUUUACAAAGAAAUAGCGAUGGAUUUCAGGUAUCAAGCGGAAAGAUAUCUUCACGGAAAGAUGAUGCCAAGUUGAUCGAUGCGCUCGUCGGAAACCAUCGACUUUGACAUAGAUUUUCGUUCUGUUCGUCGACUUGAUUUUGUUGUCGAUGUAUUCGAAAUGGACAAGAAAAUGAAAAAUACAGCUAUUAAAAGCUAUCGACCAUG